AUGGCAUAUAUCUCAAAUAUUAGUUUUGUCGUCAGUGAUUCUAAAGUUAAAGGGGUGCCAAACAUGAUCAACGUUGACUUGAAUAGUGGAUCGCGCGGAAACUUCAUCUAUCCACUAAAGCAUUUUUCUGACAAUAAGAAUGAAGCAAUCGCUGGUCUGGCAUUUAUUCAAGGUAACGCCCUUGUGCCAAAUGGCUAUACUAAGAUUGAUCAAGAUUUGAACAAAGGAGCAGGAGGAACAUACAAUUACUUGUGUAUAACAAAAGUCGGGGGAAACAAGAUGACUGCUAUUGAUUUUCUUACAUCUGGUAAAAAACGCACAGAGAAAACAAUUAAUGGCUACUUUCGCUAUGGGGCAGAUUUAAAUACCGGAACUCGGGAAGUAGGUAACUACGUGUAUUUGUUGUACAAAACAGACAAGGGGAAAGCAUUUGAUUAA